AUGUCAGCUCAACGCGCUGAUCCCCGUGGGUUCAUCAAUGCGACAGGCUAUGCGGCGGCUUGUGCCCAACAAUGGGACUCGAACAGUCAAGAGGAUUGUCUGUACAUCAAUGUAUUUACACCGGUUAAUAUGACGUCAGCUGCGAAGCUUCCGGUCUUCGUCUGGAUCUAUGGAGGCGGAUUUGUUGGUGGAAACGGUAAUUUGGGUGCUGGGAUGUACUCGAAUUUGAUCAAUCGUGGCCCGUUGAUCGUUGUCUCGAUGAACUAUCGUGUUGGAGCUUUUGGUUUCCUAACAACUAGAACCUACGACGCGCCCGGGAACGCAGGGAUCUCCGACGUUCUUGAAGCUCUAAACUGGGUCCAGAGAUACAUCUCGUUUUUCGGUGGAGAUCCGACAAAGGUGACUGUCGGCGGGCAAAGCGCUGGCUCCGAGGCGGCCUCGUUCGUUUCACUGAGUCCCUGGGGGCUGGGCCUUUAUCGUGGCCUCAUUCUCGAGUCCGGUAGCGCUUUCGGCGCUGCUUUGAUGUCCUACUCGGAGAAAACGCGAAAUACCACAAAGGAUUUAGCGAUAAGGCUCGGCUGUACAACGAGUGCCGACUAUGAUCAAGGUCGAUCGUUCCAUGACAUUGUUUUGUGUCUGCAAAGCAAGAAAGCCGCCUCGAUCAUGUCCGUUGAUGAUCAGCUGCCAAAUCAUCGAAUGAAAUGGGCGCCCGUUCAGGACACGAAUAUUCUGCCACAACGCCUCGAGAAUCUGGCUCGUUUACGGCAACAAGUGCCCGUUUUAGUUGGCGAUGUAAAGGAUGAAUGGGUUGGAUGGGAUCAAUCUUUGAUUACAAAUAAUCUGAAAUGGUUCACGAAGGGAAAUGUGGAAAAUUCGCUUUCCAGCUCCUACGAAAUGACAUAUUGGGAUAAACAGGACGAUGUGACAAAAGCUUGUCUCAAGAAAUACACAGAAAAUCAACCGUUCAGCGAUACGGAUUCAAUCCAAUGGGCUUCUACGCAUAUCCGGCUCUUCUCCGAGAUGGUUUUCGUCGGUCCAGCGCUUCGAGACGCUAAAUAUUUCUCGUAUACUGGCAGCGAUGUCUUUCUUUACUCGUUCGAUUAUUUGAAUCCAGCUGCCAUCCCGGAGGAGAAUAUCACAGCCUUGCGGGGCGUCCCCCAUGGCUGGGAACUUCAAUACAUUUUCAACGACGGACACUCAUGGCCAACGACUGAUAAUGACACGAAAACCACGGAGCUUAUGGGGAAAUUGUGGACGAAUUUCGUUCUCUAUGGGAACCCAACUCCAGCCAAUGGGCUCAAGACCGGAUUCACUUGGCCAACGCUGUCGGCUGCAGGGGAUACAAAUGAGUAUGUUUCCCUUGGACCAGACGCAAUUGUAUCGAAGAAUUACCAUCCGAGUGCGAUGUUUUGGGUUUGCGAUGCGCCGACGAUCGACGGAUGGAAGCCACAAUAUUGUGCA